AAUGUUGCUGACGUACAACCAUAAAGAUACACGUUCACCUAGCAGAUAUCUCGCGACUUUUCGAUAAUUUCCUACGCUCGGAAACGCAGGUAACGGGACUCCGUGUCACGCUUUUGAUUUUACUUCGCGGAUGAAAUUUCGUAAUUGCCCAGUCGUCGUUGGAAAUCGACGAAAACAAAACAAAAAACGAUCCAGUAAACGUCAAACAGCCGAUGAUUGAAGUGUUGAAAUUGAGAUAUUAGUGUUCGGAAAGAGCUAAAUUUGUGUUUGUUUCGUGGACGUUUAUUUUGAUUUUUUACGCGUCAAGUGUUGAAUUUGUUUAAAGUAAAAGUAAAAUGGAAUUUAGUUUUAAUUUAAAUGAUGUGUUCAAGUCGCCGAUAGUGGAAAUAACGCCCAAUCUCAUCCCGCCGGGGUAUGCAGGUGACCGAAGGGCACUCUGGGAUACCGUAUCUAAGGUGGGUGAAAUAGUAAACCAAAUGGGCGCAGCGUCUGCGGCAGCUCAAGGAUUAAACAAAGCUAUCACUACAGCCGAUAGAAUUAGGAAUUCCGAACACAAACUAUAUUUUCUUAUCGAUCAAAAGGCGAACAGUGGAAAAGGCGCCGUAACGGGCAUGCUAAAAACUGGAAAUAAAAGUUUAUACGUGUUCGACCGGGACGGCAAUCACUAUCAAGUUCAACCGCCGUGUUUGUUGGAUUUUUACGUGCACGAAAGCAAGCAACGCAAUGGUUUGGGAAAGGUACUUUUCGAACACAUGCUACAGAAAGAAGGAAUAGCGCCGGUACAAAUGGCGAUCGAUCGACCAAGCGACAAGCUCCUGGGUUUUCUCAACAAGCACUACUCGCUGAGAGAUCCCGUCAAGCAGAUGAACAAUUACGUGGUGUUCGACGAUUUUUUUCCGAGGCGAGGAAUUCCGGCGCCGGAACCGCAGCAGGAGGCGGCGGGACUUCGGAACAAAAAUAAUCCGAACUCGGCUAAUGGUCUGCAACCGGUACCAUCCCCUUUGGGACGAUACGGAGCCCCAAGACCGCCUUGCAGCAUGGGACAGAUAAUCCACAAUCAAUCACCAAGCGAUAAAAGGCAAGAGAUCGGCGGCGUCCAAUCAAUUCCCACCACCAAUUACCAAGGUUACCAACAGACCUACAGUCCCAAUGCAUAUUCCACGGGUUCUCCAAAUGCUGCGUAUUAUGCUCAAAAUAACUACAAUCAGUACCAAAAUCAAAUGCAAGCUAAUUAUCCGAACGCGACUUGGCAACAGGAUCCCAAUACUGCAAACCAGGCUUUCGGGACCGCUGCUCAAAUGGUGCAAGAUUCAACGAACGGUUACGCCCAAAGCCCGCAAAAUGUUCCUUAUCAAACAAUGCCCAAUUACGUUAUGGAUACCACGACUACAUAUCUAGACAGCUACCAAGUCCCUAAACCAAACCAAAGCGAUAAAACAGCUAAUGCGACCUACGCCGAUGGUACGCAGUCAGGCCAAACUAAUGCCAAUUACCAACAAUAUCAACAAUCUAACGAUCCCAAUUCCAUUGCUGCACAACAAUACGAAAAUAACGCGGAUAUUCAACAACAAGCCACGAACAUGUACAACCAACAAGAGGCUUACCAACAAGCCGUAAACCUAGCCGCCCAACAAGCCAAUAAAAUUGAUCAGCAACAAAUAGCCCAACAACAAGCUGCCAACAUGGCCGCGCAACAACAAGCUGCCAAUAUGGCUGCACAACAACAAGCUGCAAACAUGGCCGCGCAACAACAAGCGGCCAACAUAGCAGCUCAGCAAGUAGCUCAACAACAAGCUGCUCAACAACAAGCGGCUAGCUUAGCAGCUCAGCAAGUAGCUCAACAACAAGCAGCUCAGCAAGUAGCUCAACAACAAGCAGCUCAGCAAGUAGCUCAACAACAAGCAGCUCAACAGCAAGCGGCAAGUUUGCAAGCACAACAACAAGCGGCGAAUUUGCAAGCUCAACAGCAAGCGGCAAGCUUGCAGGCACAACAACAAGCGGCGAAUUUACAAGCUCAACAGCAAGCCGCGAGCUUGCAAGCUCAACAGCAAGCCGCGAGCUUGCAAGCUCAACAGCAAGCCGCGAGCUUGCAAGCUCAACAGCAAGCCGCGAGCUUGCAAGCUCAACAGCAAGCGGCGAGUAUGUUGGCUCAACAACAGGCGGCGAACGCGGUUGCUCAGCAGCAGCAAGUUCAGGAGAUGAACGAGCAGGCGGCGAAUAUGGCUGCUCAACAACAAGCCGCCGCUCUGAUGGCUCAACAGCAAAUUGAUAUGGCUGCGUACAUGGCGGCGCAACAGCAAAUGGCUGCUCCGAGCGUUACGUCGUAUCCUCCCCAAAACCAGGCGUAUCAGAACCAGAUGAUGGGCCAAGGCAUACCCCAGAUGGACCAAUUAAUGUCCCAAGUUAAACCGCAAAUUAGCCAACAGUAUAUGGCGCCUUUAAUGCCCUCUGUGACCGCUCAACCUUCGACUUAUCAACCACUUCACGGCAUCCAAUCGACUCCCAUGACCCAAGCUUCGGCUGCGACGCGAUUCGCGACGACCACGGCUUCCGCGCCCAGUUUCUCGCCGAAUCUCGUCGGAAACGUGCCCCAAAUCAACGGGAACUUCACCAUGGCCUCUUCGGGCGACUACGCCCGAAGGGCCAUGUCCGCCGCCGUGUCACCCGUCGUUUCCAAGCAAGAAAUCCCUCCGAUGUUGUACGCUAAUCAAACCUCGAACAUUCCGCCCAUGCAGAAUAUGUCCGAUAAAACUCAAGAUGCGUUAAAGGCGAAUCAGUACGUUACGGGACAAUCGGGCGAUUAUCAGCUGCAACAGCAGAUCAAUCAAAGCUUGGAGAAUGUUGUGAACGAAAUGGGCGAUAGGCCGUACUCUGCAGUGUGCGGAGCUGACAGGUUUAGAGUCCAAACGGCCGUGCGCUUUAAGAACGACGGUACUGAUUACGUUAAGAAACCCACCGAGAACGAUUUAAAAUACGGAUACCCGCCGCAAGUUUCCCAAUCUCGAAUAUUUACUCAUCCCAUUCCCAUUAGGCCUUAAUAAGGUCGAUAAAAUUGUUAGUUUAGAACCGAUAACCAAAUUCCUUUGCCUCACCAAUCCCCGAAAGGAUUUUUCUGCUACAUUCAAAAAAAUUAGCAGUCGCAUUGCAUCCCCAUAAAUCGAAUAAACGCAUGUGAAGAUGUGCAAAAAAAUAUUCCAGUAACGUACGAAAAGAGCCCGAGCACGGUAAUCAAACAAAAUUGGAACGGCCCCGUUCGUUGGUUAUACAGCCACAGGACGAUCGGGACGAGGGGGAGGCGGACAAGGACGAGGUGGACAAGGACUCGUUGGCCGAUCCCGUCGACGUCGCGGCGCAGGAAUUGGACGUCGAGGAGCCCGUCGAGGAAAAAAUCAAAGUUAGGGGUGCUACCGAAAAUUUCUUGUGCGGCGAAAACGUGACUCCCUCCCCAAGGAAAAAUCCAAGUCACCUGACCGAACAAGGUUAUGUCGAUUUGAAAUUUUACCACAACAAACUGUGGUGAUUUGGAUUGUUUUUUUUUAUUGCAAUAAAAUUAUUGUUGUAUUUUGCCUGUCCUUUUGUUUGAUGACGCGGGUUUGGCUAUGCGUUUGUUCUGUAGAAGCAUUUGUUAAUUAGGUUUUCGGUGGAAGAUGAAAGGAAAUUAAUUGUAAUUAAGGUGCAAAUUAGUGAUAAUAGUGCAAUGUGUCUAGUACACAAUAAUUUUUUCAAUUACACAAAUAUUUUCUUAAGCACGCUAAGUAAUUUAAAAAAAUAUGCUUCUCAUGGAGCAGAUGCAUAAGGACAAUCCUGCUAGUUAUAUUUUGUGAUAAUUGUUUUGUUUCUAUUACAAAAUUUUGCCACUAAUUGAGAUUUUUAUGCAGUUAACUCGGAAAUUUUUGUGUGUAUACGCAUUUUUUUUAGAUAUCUUGUAAUUGCUUUGUGAUAUUUUAAAUAGGAUUUCCGUUUUUUUUAUCUUUCUAAAGGUGCGUUACUUAUUUUUUCAAUUUUCUCAAAAGUUACCUCCAAAACCAAAUAUGUACUUUAAAAUAACCCAUUCCAAAUGGUCAGAAUUUUUUUUCUAUUUUUCUAAUAGGAGAAAUGUAAUCUUAGUUAACGAGGUUUUUUAUUUUAAUAAAUUAAUUUAUUUAACACGUUUUGUUUGUCUAUAUCUGUGCAAUAUACUUAGGUGUUGUAUUUAUUGUAUUCAUAUUUAAAUAUUUAAAGGAAAAUAAAUAAUUUUUUAACGCUUCAAAAUAUUUCUCUUUAUGGGAAACUAAAGUUAUUGAACUAUUUUAGAUAAUAUAACCUAUAUAAAUUCGUCAAUUUUAUUCCAACAGGAAUAAUCCGAUGAGAAAAAUCAACACUUUAUGAGUACUUGGGAUAUUUUUUGAUUAUUUAUUCAAGUCAUUAAGCAAUUAAUAAAUUAAUAAAACAUUUUUCAACAUACACUAUAGAUAUAUGUAAUGCUUUUACAGAGAUAAAAAGUAGAAAAAAGUUUUUCAACAAACGCUAAGAACGGAAAACUUUAAAUACAAUUAAAAAUUUUCAACAUUGAGAAUUAUAUUCGAACAUUUAAGAAAAAUAGAAAUAUUUAUAUAUUUUUUAAUAUUUACACACCACCAAUAUCAUCUUGAGUGCUUAUAGGUUCGAAUGGUGAUCACAGAAAAUAAAAACGAGGUUCAUUCGACUAUGAAAACUAGAGUGAACCACAUUAUAGUAAUUCGGAUUCAAAUUUAUAAAAUGGUACACUCUAUUCCAUUUAUUUCUCAUUACUUUAGUACGAUUGUAAUUCCAAAGUUACUUGCAUUAACAGUACAAGACUUAUAACUAAUACUUCGAGUAGCAGAAGAAUAUCUUACUCUUUGAUAAGAGCUUAAAAGUGUUGAAGAGUAACUUAAUUUUUAUAACAGAUUAUGAUCGAUGAUUUGCAUUCCUGUACUGCUAAGACAUUCAAAUUUGAACCGCCAAAUUGGAUUUGAGCGGUCUAUAAAGUAAUUAGAAAGCACAAUUCGCAAGAAAAAAAUAGAACAAAUCUUAAUACAAAUAAGUACAAAAAUAAUAUAAACAAUAGUUAUUUGUAAAAAAGUUUAACGUUAAUAUACGAUCGCUUUAAACUUAAUUACAAAUUUUCAAACAAAAUUGUAAAGUACAAACAUAACAUUACAAAAAAAAUGUAUUGCAUUUUGGUAACAGUAUAGAACUUAAUUAAUUCAACUAAUUUAUUCGAUAAAAGGAAGUUUAUAGAUUACGUUUUAAAUGGUUUAAUUCUACAUGAUUCCACUGUUAAUUAAUAAAAGUAACGAAAACUACCAUUAACAUUUAUACAAAUCCAACGACAUAUUAAACUCCCUUUCACUCAAAAUUCGUUUCCCUCAAAAAUAAUAUGCAGUUUGUUAAUUACGAUGAAUAUAAUAAAUUACACUUUAAAUACUUGCAUCUUUGGUACUUGACCCAAUUAGGGAAGUAACGACGAGUCUACGCCUCGAAAGGAUACAUAGAGAGCCACCCUUAAUAACAAUAUAAAGUACAUAAUAAUAAAUGAUCACAAAAAAAUCAGCCCCUUCAAUGCUUCACAGCACCCUUAUCGAUUAAUUUCGACGGUUAAGACUACAUUAUUAUACAUCAAAGGUUUUUAAUGAGAUUUUACUAAUCGCUCGAAUUGACUGUAUAUGAUAUAAUUAAGAGGUUUCCAACCUAUUUAAACAAACAAUUUUAUUGAAUACUAUAUUUAGAGUAUUUAAGGGUUGGAUAUGUAUGAAUUAGACUAAGAGGAUGCUCGAUUAUAUACAAUUUGUACCUUUAAAUAGCGUCUUAACCGUCUGUACAUUAUUUACACUUCUCGAGUCAAUUUCUACGAAUACACUCGUUCUAAAUUAAUAAAAAAACAAACAGAACUAAUUCCACUACGAGCCAGAUAUGUUCCCAACUCACCUACAUCCUCAUCAGCGCGCUCUAACAAUCUUACUCGCAUUUAUCGGGAUUACAGUCCAGCGAACGGGGCGUUUCACGCGUCGCUGUCCGGAUCGCUGUCGCUGCGCGGCUGCCCGAAGUUCCUGGUGAUGCUCUCGCUCAUCGACCGGAUGUUCUGCAGGUGCACGUCGUCGGCGGGCACCGAGAAGUAGUUGAGCCGGUCGAGGUCCGGCAUGGCGUUCAGAUCGUCGUCGGUGCGAUAGCAGUUGUCGUACUCGGAGUCGUAGAGCGCGCUCAGCGAGUCCAGCGACAUCAUGGCGUCCGAGUCGAAGAUGCGCGACGACGCCCGCGACGACAUGCUCGUGUUGUCGUCCAUGUCGACGUCGUGGUUGUGGUCGAUGUACGCCGAAUUCACGUCGCUCAGAGCGC